AUGAAAGCAGCAGUGCUGUGUCUCUGCCUCCUCAGCCUGGCUGCUGCAUGGCCGGUGCAUAAAUCCAAGCAGCAGGCCACUUCUGCCAGCUCUGAAGAGAAAUAUGACCCCAAGGGCCACUACUCACACAGGUACAAACACCACUCCUGGGAGAGCCUGCAGCACCCCCAGCCUGACCUGGUGUUACCCCAGCAGACCCUCUACUCCUCGGAGGAAAGCGUGGAUGUCUCGGUGCAUCAGCAGAUCCCUGACGUGCCCAGCACGAGCCAGGAGGAUGCGGACGGCGGUGACGACGAUGACGACGACGACUCCAACGACACAGAGGAAUCCCAGGAGGUCACCACCAUUUUCCCCACAGACAUCCCUCUCACCUUCCCUCCUUUCACCCAGAGUGACACUGCUGGCAGGGGGGACAGCGUGGCCUACAGGCUGAGGGCAAAAGCCAGGCUGCUGAAGUCCAGCAAACUCGGCAAAGCGGCUCAGAAGCUCUUUGCCUAUGAUGCCACCCAGGAGGAUGAGAGCGCCCUGGAUGCGGACAGCCGGCAAGAGGUCCUCUCCCGGGAGGAUUCUGCUGCCCCUCGCUCCCCGAGGAGGAAGGCCCCCAGCGAGGGGUGGGCUGGCAAGGGGCAGGGGCAGGCCAGCAGCGAGCGGGACCGCAGCGCCGAGAACGACAGCCGGCAGAGGCUGGACAGCCAGGAGGCGGCGGACGACAGCCAAGCUGUCUCCGGUGCCAGGGGGGACAGCCGGGAGAGCAGGGAGAGCCCUGGCUCCCCCGAGGCGCCUGACCGCGACAGCAACCAGACGGCGGAGAGCGCUGAGCAGGCUGGGGACCGCCACAGCAUCGAACGCAACGAAGUCACCCUUUAG